AUGGACCGGAGGCGGGAGGGAAUCGCUGCUGAGUUUUCUAAUGCUAGACUUGGGAUUGUUGUUCGUGAUGUGCUGAAGCUGGGUGGGGAUGUUGAUGGUGUUGAUGGUGAGGUUCGAGGGAUUAUUGCUGCAUCUGGAGAUGGGGAUGGAAAUGGGGGCAGGUUGACUGUUCUCGUUAAUAAUGUCGGUUGGGGGGCGAAGAUGUCGACGCUUCUUAAGAGAUACACCUACGAAGAUAUCCAAGCGACGAUUGCGCGCAAUGCGACCUUCGCGAUUCAGAUUACGCGCGUGCUAGCUGCGCACUUGGAGGAGAAUGCCCCAGCGCUUGUGUUGAAUGUUUCUUCCGUGGCUGCUUUUGGGAUACCGUAUAUUAGUGCAUAUUGUGUUACUAAGGGGUUUGUGGACUCGUUUACCAUGUCGCUUGGGGCGGAGUUUCGGGCGGAGGGCAGGGACGUUGAGGUUAUGGCGUUGAGGGUUGCAAAGGUGCGCACUGCUGGGUCUGAUGUUAAGAGUAACUUGUUCGUUCCGGAGGCGAGGGUGCUUGCUGGGGCUGGACUUGAUCGGGUUGGCUGUGGGCAGGAGGUGGUGUGGGCUUAUUUCGGGCAUUGGUUACAGGGAUUGUCGGUUGAUAUUUUGCCGAGGUGGGCUUUAUUGAGGAUUGUUUCGGUGAAGCUUAAGGCGAUUAGGGCGGAGGAAGCUGUGAAGAGGAAGAGUAGCUGA